AUGCCACCCGUCCACGGCGCGAUAACGGUGAGGGAGACGAAUGAAAUCGGCGCAACAACAGCGACAUACAUCUACUCUACAACACCGGAGCCAAUCCAACUGCCCACCCCGGGUUCUUCUGAGAAUGACAGUAUUCGCCGUGAAAGGCGGAGAGUAGAUAUUGUUCCGCCUUCACGAAAGGAAUCAUUGUCUUCUCUCACGUCGCUGUUGAAUGUUUUUCUACCGGUGGGAUACCCACAUAGUGUCAGCGAUGACUAUCUAGAGUAUCAAAUAUAUGAUUCCCUGCAAGCGUUCUCAAGCUCGAUUGCUGGACUAUUGGCAUCCCGGGCUGUAUUACAAGGCGUUGGAGUAGGAGAUGCAUCCGCAUCCCCGACAGUAGCCUUGCUACAUAGCGUCCUGCAUGACAGCAUGGGCAGGAUAGCAACAAUACUCUUCGCCCAUCGUCUUGGGACGUCUCUCGAGCCCGAAUGCAAGAUGUAUAGGCUUGCUGCUGACGUUCUCAAUGACUCAGCGAUGGUCUUUGAUUGCCUCUCGCCAGCGUUUCCGAAGCACCUGAGAAUUGUGGUUUUGGCUUGCUCGAGUGUUUUGAGAGCGCUGUGUGGGGUGGCUGCUGGGAGUUCAAAGGCGAGUUUGAGUAGCCAUUUUGCGAGAUGGGGGAAUUUGGGGGAAUUGAAUGCUAAAGAUUCAAGCCAAGAAACAGUAAUAUCGCUCUUAGGAAUGCUGUGCGGAAGCCUCGUUGUCUCACGCGUCUCCACCCCCUUUGCAACAUGGGCAACUCUCUUAUUUCUCCUCCUAGUCCAUCUGUCGACAAACUACGCCGCAGUGCGCUCAGUUAACAUGACCACUUUGAACCGCCAACGAGCCAACAUCGUCUUCUCAACUCUCUUCGAAGACGGCCGCGUUCUCACGCCAAAACAAGCAUCCAAAUGCGAAAGGAUAUUCGAGCGCGAUGGGGUUCUCCGCUGGAAAGCAUCCGCAGCGACCCUGGGGUCCUGUCGGAUAGGUGUUUCUUUCCAGGAGCUACUGUGUGGUUCUCGGGGCCGAGUAAAUUCCAUUCGUGACAUCAACAUUGAUAUCCGGAGGCUUCUGCAUCUGUUUCGAGAGGAGGAAUACAUCCUGUGGUUCAACUCCAGCGAUAAAGGGGGAACUAUCGUCUUGAAGAAUAGUGUGACACCUCUAUCACAGCUCAAGGCCUGGAGUCAUGCCCUGAUGGUUGCGAAGCGCAUCGCGGACCUGAGAGAAGGGGCUGGUAGUUUGUCUGGGAAGGAAGGCAAUGGAGAAAAAUCUUCACGGCGAGACCAGCAGAGGAAUAAGGAUGAUUCUAUCGCCAACCUAACCGACCCAGAUACCAUAUUCUCGAUUCUUGAGUCCACGCUCCAUAGCCAUUCUACAAGCUUCAACGGCCAGGUAGCAAUGUUAAAAGAUGCUGGAUGGGACGUUGACACUCCCUCCCUGGAAACCAGGCCAGCCAGGAGGUUUCAGAUCGUGGAGUGA